AUGACACACAAUUUUCAUGUCAUUUCUUCAAAUAGAAUGUGUUCAGAACUAUCAAACGACCAAAUAUCAAACAUAGAAGAAAGGCUUGGAAAAUAUUUUUUGAUUUCAUGCAAGAGCCAACCAGAUUUGGUCUUGGAGUUAAAAAAUGGCUCAGCUAAAUCAGACAUGCAAGUGGUUGUUGGUCUGUUAAAAGAUGAAAGUGAAGCUCUGGAUAAGCAGUUAUGGUUCUGGGAUCAUCCAUCUUUGACUAUAAGGAGCAAAUUAUCUCACCACUGCAUCUCAAUCAAUGCUAAAGAUGAACUGAUUGUCCAACCGUUUUCAAACUCUGAAAAUCAGCAAUGGGAUAUGAAGCAUGAUAACAUAAUAAGUGAGAAGGAGUUUGAAAAUGUUUUCACGCUGUUUGAUAGCAACCUUCGACCUGGUGCCCCCUGCCACGUGGCCCCGUAUGAGGCCCUCAUUGGACAGCUCUGGAAAUUUACCUACUUGCCAGCAGCUUACUUCUUUAUAAGGCAUGCCAUGACGAAUAAAGUUCUUGAUAUAAGAGGUGAAUCGGCCAGUGUUGGUGCACAGAUCAUAGUAUAUGCCCAGAAGGAAAGUUUUGACGAUAAUCAACUGUGGUAUGAAGAUCAGUACGGUAUAUUACAUUCAAAAAUGCAUGACUUCAUCAUCAACGCCCUGGAUAACAAUAUAGUGAUGUAUCCCUACAAUAAAAACACAAGAAGGCAAAAGUGGUUGAUCAACGGAAGCUAUAUACAGAAUCAACACAGACCC